AUGGGUCGCUCCAUCAUCCGCCCUGCGCUCGUCGAGCUGUCGAACCCAAGCACGCCCGAAGCUCAGAUUGCUGCCCUGCAGAGCCUAAAGAAUGAAAUCGUCGGCCAUGAGCAGCGGAAGGAGCUCGCCGUCACACAUGGCAUCAUCAAGCCUCUCGCAGGCUUGCUGAGGGUCGAAGCGCGCAAAGGCGGGAAGAGGAGGAGAGGCCAAGCUAACGGACAUGGCUCUGGGCCCUCCAGUGAGAGUCGGGGAAGCCGUGUGGACUGGACAAUUGAGGACGAAUUGAGAUUCCAGGCCACGCUUGUCAUAGGGAGUCUUGCGAAUGGCGGUCCAGCAUUUGUUGCCCCUCUACUCUCUGGCAACGUCCUCCCUCCCUUACUCGAAGCGCUGCGCCUCAGCGAAACGCCCUCGAAGCUCGUCACAACGACCAUACGCACGCUGAAUCAGAUCGUAGAUGCAGUCGCACAAGAGAACCCUUGGGUAGACAUGUCAGAUUCAUCAUCGAGGUCAACACUCGCCUUCGCCGUCAGCGAGCAGAUCUAUGCACGGCCAGUCGUUGAGAAUUUGGCCGAGAUAUUGUCGCAACCAGCAGGGACGCUCAACGCCAACCAGCAGAUAUCCUUGGCCGUUCGCCUACUGACGAAGACUUGUCAGGAGGAGAACCAGAAGAAGUUGCUCGUGGAUGCUGGCAUACUCGAUAUCUUGGCUGCCAAGCUGACGGCCUUUGCUUCGUCCGAUGAGGUCGAACGGAACAUGAAUUCAAACACAUCAAUCCCGGAUUUGCUCCCGCGCACCUCACUACCUGAGGUCAUUGAGGCUAUCGCAGCCAUCAUCAAGGACUCACACUUCUAUACUGCACGCUUCACUUACUCACAACCGAUACAACAAUUCUUCGCGUGGCCUAAGGACCACACAAACACGUCGUAUGACGAACACAAUGGUGCUCCACAGCCUUUUUGGGACAGGCUCAUCCCUCGCGUGCAAACAAUGGCGAGUAAAUCGGAUCCAUAUAUCAAGUCAUGGCCAGCGCUUGGCUCCCACACUGCCGCUUCAACAGAAUCUUAUGGACGGCAAACAAAUACCGACCCCGUACAGCAGCCCACGGGUCGCAGCGUAAUUACCGAUGAGUCUGAGGCACCACUCUUCAUCUGGCUGAUGUUUAUCGCACGACGGAGUGAAGGCAGAGAACGCUUGUCAGCUUGUUGGCUGCUGGCGCUGCUGAAGAAGUUUGGUGACAGAUGGCCGCUCAACGACCCAUCCAAGGCCACGCGAGAGCGACACUUCUCGUACCUGAUUAUCCCUCUUGUCGUGAACAUGAUCGAAGAAUCGUCUCCCACAUCUGAGCUCGCGAAAAAAGCAUACGCUGCCGGGCCAGCUGCGAAGGACGAGAUGCGCUUUGCGCUCGAGAGAUCUCCACUUGUGCUUGCCGAACUUGUCGCUGGUAACAAAGCACUACAGUCCGCGGCGGUCGAUGCCAAGAUACUUCCGACUCUCGUGCAGAUUCUGAAAAGGUCGUUUGAUACGGUCACGAAGUCGUCGAAGCCUCUAUGGCAACCACGGUCGUCUUCACAUGAGGUCAAGGACGCCAACAUUGACCCCGCUUCAUCCACACUUGGUCGACCUGGUCUUAGUGCUGACCUUCUACACGCCUUCAAGUACAGAGAGAGUGUACUACUGGCAUUGGCGGCACUUGCUGGCGAUCAGGAUGGACUGAGGAAGCUUGUCAUUGAGAUGGGCGCUGCCACGCAUAUCAUCGAAGCUAUGGUCCCGUACACUGAGAAUAAUGAGCCAGGCUCAACAGCGACAACGGCAAAGAAUGGCAAUCCAGAGCCAGUGCUUGUGGCCGCCUGCAAAGUCACGCGCUCCUUGUCGAGGUCUGUGAGCGUACUCAGGACAAGUCUUAUCGACCACGGCGUGGCACAGCCGGUGUACGAGCUUCUCAUGCAUCCUAGCGUUAAGGUACAAAUAGCCGCCACGGAAGUCAUUACUAAUCUGGUACUGGAGAUGUCACCAAUGCGUCCGGUAGGUCACUCCCUCCGCUAUGUGGAUUUAGCUAACACUGUGCAGGAGAUAAUUGAGGCUGGUGUGCUUCGGGCUCUGUGCGAACAAUGUCGAUCUGCAAAUUUUAGUCUGCGCUUUGGUAGUCUCUGGGCACUGAAGCACCUUUGCCUAGGCUUGCCGCAACCCAUGAAGAUCCAAUGCUUGGAUGAGCUCGGUGUGGGCUGGCUUGUGCAGGUGCUCAAUGGAGAGCCGAGUAAGCCUGCCAUGGCUACACCAAAUGCAGCAGGAGAACAGGUGGACAUACUGAAUGCUUUAGACGAGCCACAUAUGGACGUUGACGACGAGCUGUCGGAUGAGGACGAAGACGAAGAAGAGGAUACAAUGGCAGAGAGCAUACCCGCUAUGGGACGGCUUCAGCGCCCUGGCUCCAGAUACACAAGCGCGAACAACAUACGAGACCGCCUACAGCAAAUAAGAAACGACGAGCAUGACACACGACUGAACAGCGAACGCGACGACGUGCGCAUGCAAGAACAAGCCCUCGACUUCAUCCGCAACUUCAUUUCCGAAGAACAACAGAGUGGCGAUAUGAUCGACCACCUCCUAAAGUCCUUCGGCCACAGCCGCUUCUUCGAUCUCAUCGACGCGAAAAUCCGACCCAAGAACUCCACCUCAUCACACUCCCUAUCCGGCUCUCCAGCGCCAUCGUAUUGGCCCAACACCAACCCACGCAGUUCCUUCACUUCAUCCACAACUACCCAGCAACAACAAACCAACUGGUCUGCCUACCCCGCCCCCGAACUCAUCCUCGCAGCCGUGUUCGUCCUCGUGCACGUCGCCAACGGCCGCCCCAACCACCGCUCCCUCAUGAUCUCCCAGACCUCGCUCAUGCAGCACCUGCUCCCCAUCCUGUCGCAUCCGAAGCGCGAAGUUCGCGCCACCUGCGCUUGGUGCUUACACAAUCUGCUUUGGCUGGAUGAUUCGAGUGAUGAGGCUGCAACGCGGGAGCGCGCAAUGCUACUUCGGAAUCUUGGUUUUGAGGAAGCGGCAAAAAUCAUGCUGGGCGAUGGUGACCUAGAUGUCAGUGAGAGGGCGAAAACGCUGGUUGGUCGGUUUACGACAUUGCUGGGCGAUGGACACAGCCAGGGACAUGCGCAGAGUCAGAGAGGGAGCUUGUAUGGGAGUGGAAGUGGAGGUCAAUUCGGUGGCGAUGGGAGCAUGAGUGGAUUAGGUAGGUUGGGCGGGCUGCAUGGGUGGAGAGGACAUGAUUCUAGGGGAUGA